AUGGCUCAGAAUUGCAAGAACAAGAGCAAGAGGUCACUAUUGAAAGGAAGAUUGAAGAAAGAAAAGACACCUCCAAACCAAGCAAAGCAAAACCAAAACUUACUACCCCCUCCUCCAUUCCCAUCAAGAUUUCAAAGCACAAAGAAGGAGAAAGAAGAUCAAGAAAUCAUGGAAACUUUUCGAAAAGUAGAAGUAAAUAUUCCCCUCCUUGAUGCAAUCAAACAAGUUCCUCGAUAUGCUAUGUUCUUAAAAGAACUUUGCACUUCAAAGAAAAAGCUUAAAGGAACGAAACCGUCAAGCAUACCACGAGCUAUGCUUGACCUUGGAGCAUCCAUUAAUGUCCUACCAUAUUCCAUUUUUAAAACCCUUAACGUAGGACCAUUAAAAAGGACAGGAGUAGUAAUUCAAUCGGCUGACAAAUCCACGGUCCACCUAAAAGGUGUAUUAGAGGACGUGUUAGUGCAAGUGAAUGAAUUAGUGUUUACUGCUAACUUCUAUGUCUUGGACAUGGAGGAUGACGACACUUCGGACUCAAGUUCCAUUCUGUUAGGAAGGCCAUUCCUGAAAACCGCUAAAACAAAUAUUGAUGUUUAUAGUGGCACCCUUUCCAUGGAAUUUGAUGGUGAGAUCAUAAAUUUCAACAUUUAUGAUGCUAUGCGAUAUCCAAGCGAUUUCUCAUCUAUGAACUGGUUAGAUGUAAUCGAUCCUUUAACCGAUGAUUAUUUCGAAUUAUCUAACUGUGAUUCUCUAGCAUUAGUUUUAAACAAAAGUCUCGACAAAGAAUCAACAAAAGAACUUGCUGAGAAGUUCCAAAUUGAGGAUGAACUGAUAGAGUUGGUAUCACUCAUGGAUACACCAACCAAUCAUGAAACACAGAAGCUCCAGAUACAAGUCACUAAUAAAAAACUCAUACCAUCUAUUGUGCAAGCACCUGAGCUAGAGUUAAAAACCCUCCCUGAUCAUCUCAAGUAUGCAUAUCUUGGGGAUGAUGACAUGUUGCCAGUAAUAAUAUCCAACAAACUGUCAAAGAAUCAAGAGGAUGAACUCAUCAACAUGCUCAAGCAAUACAAGGAAGCAAUUGGGUUGACCAUUGCUGACAUCAAAGGCUUGAGCCCAUCACUCUGUAUGCAUAAGAUCCUCAUGGAGGAUGAUUACAAGCCUAUACGUGAAGCUCAAUGA